AUGGGAGGUGUCACAACCAGCAGUGCCACCAGCAGCAGCAUCUCGGGCCUCUGGGCCCAGAUUGUCCGCGAAUACCCUCCAGGACUGAUCGAAUUUGGGGUGACCAUCGCCGCCCAACUGAUCGGAUUCUGGUUGGUAUGCUCCAUCUAUCUGGCCAUCGACCUGAGCUUCCCCAACUUCUCCAACCGCCAUAAGCUACAGAGCGAGCGUCGCCAGCCAUCGUGGACGUCGAUUAAGCAUUGCAUAUGGCACGUCCUGGUCGGGAAUCUCUCCUCCACGGUCUUCCACAUCGCCAUCCUCUGGGCCUUUGGCUCCGACUCCAGCUCCGGGUCCAGCUUCCAGCUCUCCUUCUUCACGAUCACGCCCUCGUUCCCCUCCAUCAGUGAGCUCGCGCUACAGUUCGCCAUCGCGCUGCUCCUCCGCGAGAUCCUCUUCUACACGGCGCACCGCGCGCUGCACCACCCCAGCGUCUACGCGCGCAUCCACAAACAGCACCACAAGUUCCUCGCGCCCAUGGCCUUCGCAGCCCAGUACGCCCACCCUGUCGAGCACCUCCUCGCCAACACCAUCCCCAUCGUGCUCCCGCUCAUGCUGAUGCGCGCGAAUAUCAUCACCUUCGGCCUGUUCCUGACCUCGCAGCUGGCGGAGACGUCCAGCGUGCACAGCGGGUAUGACUUUGCGGCCGCGAGGCAGCAUGAUCUCCACCAUGAGAAGUUCCGGGUCAACUAUGGCGCUAUCGGUCUCAUGGAUUAUAUACUCGGGACCGAUGUGGUGGGGUGGGAUAAGCCGAAGGAUGGGGGGAAGAAGGAGGCUUGA